AUAAAUGUUGAAUUUCUUUGGAAAAACUUAAGCAUUUCUUGCGACUUGUUUCUGUUACAAGCUACUAGUAUCAACUUAUUAGGUUGUUGUGUGGUGUGUUUACUGGAAGCGUUACAUAACAUCAAGGAGGACACAUAUUGAUAUCAUUAAUUUUUGUAACAGAACUGUAUUGUUUAUCCUCUAAGGAUUUUUAAAUAAUUAUAAUGGAGAUCUUGUAAUACCCAACGAAAGACAUGGUUUUAUUUUUUCAUGUGAUUUAUAUUUUACACGUUUUAGGUCAAUUUAUUUAUUGUUAAGGAAAAACAAUGCGACAGAAAUGUUUCAUAUUUUCAUGAUUCUUGCCUUUUUAUUUACGACAAAUUAUACGUGAGACAUUUCAGCUAAUGAUGAAAGUGUUUUUCUUUUUGUUAGUUUUUUUAGAUAUGUGAUUGUAAUAAUAAUGUUCGUACUUCAGUAACACUUGUAGUAAUUAUCAAGUUGAUUGUUUGUCAUUUAAAAUGUCAAAUGAUUGGUAUGAAAAACAAUAUAACCCAAGCUUUUGGUCUAAACGAUAUGCAACAAGGGAGGAAGUCAUACAGAAUUUUAUAGAUGUUGCAACAAAACGAAGCGAAAAAACUCGUAGAAAUAUUACUUCUGAGUUGGACAUCAGUUAUGGCACAUCAAAAAGACAAAGGAUUGAUAUUUUUUAUCCUGAUGAAAAUAAAAAUGAAAAACCAAAAGAUUCUAUAAUUGUUUAUAUCCAUGGUGGGUAUUGGCAAGAAGGCGAUAAAAGUUUGUAUUCAUUUGCAGCUAAACAGUUUGUAUGUAACGGAUUUGCUUUCGUUGUUAUUGGAUAUGACCUAACACCAGAGGUAACAAUUCCACAAAUUAUCGAGCAAAUUGAAACCGCUCUAAUAGUGAUUAAGGAUAAAUUCAAGAGCACAAAACUUAUUUUACUUGGUCAUUCAGCAGGUGCACAUGCAUCAGUUGCAGUUGCAGACAGAGGUAAUGUUUCUGUGGAUGCUUUAUUUUUAGUUAGUGGUGUGUAUGAUUUGCUUCCCUUAAUUAAUACAAGUAUUAAUGAUACUCUGCGUCUUAGUAAAGAAAGUGCAGCUUGUUUAAACUUGAUGAAGCCAAUAAAGGGUGUUAACAUUAUCUUUGUUUGUAUUGGAGAGAAUGAUUCUCCAGAAUUUUAUAGACAAUCAAAAGUUUUCUCUCAAAAGCAGAGCAGUGAAACUUUGUCUGGGUUUUAUACUGUCGACAAUGAAGAUCAUUUUAGCAUCAUUCUUAGUAUGUAUGACGAAAACGCUAUGCUAACAAAAGAAAUUUUAAAGGCCGCCAAAAUUUUGGUCAAAAAAUAGCUUUGUAAUUUGAUCAGAGUUUUGGAGGAAUAUAUUUCUAACUAAUUGUAAAACUGGUGAAAGAUAAACUAAAUGUUAUGCAGUACUUAUCCGCUAAUUCGAAUGCCUUCAAUUAAAACAUCUACUAUUUCAAAUAAAUUGUUUUAUUCCCUCACUUUAUGAAACACCUGUAUUUUGCUGCUCAAUUAAAGCAUUUGUAUAUUCAAACUUAUUUUUUGAUCCAUUGCUUGUUCGAAUAAGCGGGCGUGUACCAUAAAUUUCAAUACAAUUAUAGCAGUGCGGUUUAUAUAAAACAAAAAAAAAUGCGUCAAUCUAUAGCAUCUGGACACUCUUUUUUUCUAAGGUGUUUUUUGUUCUGAAUUACAGCAUUAGCACUUGUUGGAGGGUGGGUGCUUAUUUUAGGAAGGUAAAGGAGAGUUUUGAGAUUUUUUUUGCUACUAUAUAUUUACUGGGUGUUUUUUGCGUUAAAGAGAUAUAAAGAACUCUUACAUCGUUUAAUAAUAUUAAACGUUGUUAUGCAGUGUGUAUGCUUAUGUUGUGUUUUUUUGUAUUUUUCUUAAAUAAAAACGCUUUAUUCCAA